CGGGGUGGUGGUGCCGAGGCGCCCAGGACGCGGGCUCGUGACAUUGGACGUGUCGCGUCUCCAGCGUGUUCAUGCCUGCCUCAGCGUGCAACUACUAGGUACGGCUAGAGCCCGACACCUCAGCUCUCAAGAUCUCACACUUGCAGUGCGUUGGCACUGUCUGGUGACAAGUAUGCCCGAAUACCCGGAAUAUCAAGCAUUUGCUCACCAUGUCCGCACAUUUGCUGCGCAAUAUAAGCGAACCCAUGCAGGAGCGGCACCAACAGGCUACGUCCAGCUAGUGCCCCGCACGUUCGCUCUUGGCACGACUAGGCGGCCAUAUGUAACCUGUACGGUCGAUACCAGCGCAUACACCGGGUCAACGGACCUCCCGAACGACAUCCAACUUCACGAACAUGACGUCCGUCGGGCUGUUGGCCAGCCAUAUGCGUACCUUCUCCGCCCACAGCAACCUCACGAAGUCUUUGUUGCUGUGCGCGGCAAGCAGAUUGCGUUCGCAAUGGGUCGGGAUUGCUACAGCAUCCAUCUAGGUCUAGAGGGUCAUAUUCACCCAGUCACUCCCGAACAAUGGGAGCAGAUCCUCGCCCAGGAUGUUGAAGGUCCAAACGAGGACGAAGACCGUGCAGAGAAGAUGCGCCAGUUUCGUGUGCCGCCUCACUUGAUACCAGCUGGAACUUCGAAGGUUAUGGAUCGUAGGGUUACCGUACUCAUGGCACUGCACUAUGGUGAUCUUGUUUGGCUGCUAAUUGACUUCGCUCGCUUGGUGAGGAUCCGUGUCAUCAGUGAUGACAGUCCAUGGACCGAAGACGACAUGGUUCCUGGUGGUCCGAUCUGGCAGUUCUACGGCGAUGGCCCAGACCUCAAUCUUGAACCUGAGCGGUUCCUCAAGAAUCUCGACGCCUACCGCCUGCGCAUCCAGGCUGGGUUCGAAAGCAGGAAGUGGUCACAGGCCCCAAUAGUUGAAUGGCUGUGUGGGCGUGGCGACAUCUGCAACGGCAUUGGCAGGCACUUAUCGAUCGACUUCGUCCACUUCUGCGGCCUCGCACCGAAUACGCCCGCAUUUCGCGUGUUCAAGUAUCACUACGACGAUUUUCGGCACCUGCUCAUUGAGUAUAUGGCCCAAUGGGUGUCUGACCGGUACAAGAAAGACUGUUGUGGACUAGUCAACUCGUCUGCGUUGUUUGCGUGGAACCGGACCUCAAAUCGCAAGUAUCGCCAAGCUUAUCUGCUCGUCUUCAGGAAAGCGGAGGCCACUGUGGCGGUUGACGUCUACAAUCGACACGCUCGCAAUGGCAACCUCGAUCCAGAUCAUGUUCUCGGCAAACCCUACAGUGAAGAAAAGGCGAUGAAAUUCCUGUCAUCAAACCGUGAGCGCAUCCUUCAUGUUCCGGUAUAUCACAUGGAAGACAAAUCCAUCAAUGCGUACACCAUCGUUGUUGCAAAAAGUCCGGUGCGCUGGUUUGAUGCGGUGAAGGGGAAGCUUAGAUUGGCCAAGGAUGUGAUUGAAUGUGGAAGGGCAUCCAAGGUCGGGGUAUCUGAGUUCAACGCAAUGAACCAGAACAUGCCAGAUCCUGAUGAAGCAAUUCUGGAACGCAGCCGCGGUGGUCGACGCAAAGUGGAGAAGACUGGCCGGCGGGGCCGUCCAGCAAAGGCCCCUAGAAUUGCCGACCUCCGCAAGUUGGAGAAGCCUGUCCCUCAGCGCAUCCUGGAGGCUCGCCAGGCUGAGGCUGAGGCCGAGAAGGCAAAGAAGGCUGCACAGGCUCAGGUGGCUGCGUCACAGCCUGUCCAAACUCUCAUCACAGCGUUCUUGCGCCCUCGCGACGAGCCAGACUCUGAGUCAGAUUGGGUAUACAACGAGUCUGACUGUGAUGACGAGGAAUCUGAUACCGAUGCUAUGCCCUUGCGCUGCAAUGGGAAUAAGCGGAAGGGUGUAACUCAGGGAUUGAAGGAAAAGAAGAGCAGGACGAUCAAGAAGCACAGGAUAGUAUAGUGGACUCACAUUACAAUGAAGAUGGCUCAUUUGCGAUUGUGCAACUACUUCAGCGAGA